CCAGUUAAGCUUAGGUAACACACACUCUUGUUCUCCUGAACAACUUGUUGAUACACGGCAACCAAUCGGAUUUGAAAGAGGACUGCCUCUGAAGUACCAGUCAUACAGGAGUACAUAAAUGGCCUAAGGAAGCAGGUUUAAUUCUCACUAGAAGAGGGAUAAACUAUGCAGACGCCUCUCGAUUUGGAUCAGGUGCACAGAUCAGCGAGGAUGGACACACGGUGUGCACGUCGCGGAAAGGUCAUGUCGGAAUCUCGCAGUGAGACUAAACCAAAAACCUGGAGGUCCAGACUGCAUUUCUUUUUGCGGAAUUAUUCUGAGGCAAGGACAGGUUCACGAUCUUACAGGCCAACUGUUGAAGAAGUAAACCAGUGGUCUUUGUCACUCGAAAAUUUGCUUUCUCAUAAGUAUGGACUAGCGGCAUAUCGGAUCUUCUUGAAGUCGGAGUUCUGUGAGGAGAACCUUGAAUUCUGGCUUGCGUGUGAAGAGUUUAAAAGAGUACAGUGCCCUUCCAAACUUGCAUCCAGAGCUAGAAAAAUCUAUGAAGAAUUCAUUAAGGCCGAGUCUCCAAAAGAGAUCAACGUGGAUUUUCACACUAAGGACGCGAUUGCUAGGAGUCUUAACGCGCCACCCCCCACCUGUUUCCUGAAAGCACAGAGGAAAGUCUUCAGUCUGAUGGAAAACAGCUCAUACCCUCGGUUCAAAGAGUCUGAGAUCUACAAGGAACUGUGCGAACUGGCAAGGAGAAAGGCCUAAGCGACUGGCUGCCUAGGUCGUGAUUUACGCACUUUACAUCGAGAAAGGACUCUAUAUGGUGAUUCUUGUGUUGUGAAUCGUGUUUAUGGGAGGUAUUUUUGGCCAAAUGCAGGAUAUACUGGCUGUUAAGAGUCACCUGGCUAAGGCACAAUCUUAGCUAUCUCUCUGGUAGUAAUUCCACUGAAUAUCAGAUUAACUACAGCCAUGUUUUCUAUGAAGUACUUUCAGGGAAAUGAAAGAUAUGAUUCUUAAACACUUCACUGCAAAAAAUGACAUAUAGCUAUUUAACUAUGUAGAAGGGAAAAUGAAACAGAUAAGGCAUUGAUAAAGUUCACAAAGGCUGCACAACCUAAUUGCCAUCGCAAGUACUAAGCUGGGGAUGCUCUGAAUUCCUAUGUCACAUUUCACAUCUGGAAUCACUGAAUGGUAAUGGUUGUACCUAAUUAAUAGAAGUCAGAGCUAUGCUACAUUUACAACAAUGUCGCUCACAUAAUGCUAUGGUGAUUCGGCCUCAUACUUAUCACUCAAAAAGCAUAACUCUAUAAACCAAUGAAAUCCUGCAUUCCAUUAAUCCAGCUGACCAAUGGCAGUUGUUGUAGGCAAGUUCUAUCAGAUGCAUAUAUACCUUAAAUGGACUUGUAAAUAUGACAAUAGUGUAGCGGUCAUUCGCCUUGUAGGCAAUAGGUCUCUGGUAACUUCAUAGUGGGUUGGUACCUCAUCCUGGGUUAAUUCCUGUCUUGCCCCAAUUGCUUACAGGAUUGACCUGUGACCCCUGUAACCCUGCACAGGACCAGCAGAUAUGGAAAAUGGAUAGAUGGGUGAAUGAACAAUUAUACAGUUAGAUUUAAUGUCUUAAUCAAACGAGUUUACACAUGUUGGUAUUAUUUGCAGCCGGACUGCAGUUGUUAUUUUUUUAUGCGUUUUAUUUUUUAUAAGGCUAAUGCAGGCGGAGCCUCCUCCCGGACCCAAAAAAUGGAUCGUACCACGUAGGAGGGGUGGAUUGAGCCCGGCCCAAGUGCCUAAGCUGUAUUCUGAGAAAAUGAAAAAUGUGAACUUGUGACUGUUUGAAAUAAAUACACUGUAUUUA